AAUAAAUCUUGAAUGAAACGACUUCGGGUAACGAAAUUAUAGUUAUCAAGAUACAAUGACUAUGUUUUAUGCAUAAAAUAAAUGUGCGUACACAGCUAAGACUACAUCACUAACAGAGACUGUCCUCGGCUGUGGGCCUAUCUGUCGGAGAUGUUCGAAUCAUCAGUGAUGAGGAAAAGUGUGUGGUGAAAUGAUAUAUACUACGAUGGCCACUGUUUGAUUGGAAAUACAAAGUGUCAUCAAUUUGAUAACUGGACAAGAUAUACAACUAUAUUCCAUCGAGCAAAGAACUAACAAACAACAGCUACAAGUGAACAAAGGAAGUCCAGCCAUCAUGAUCAGUAUAACAAUACAGGCCUUUACACUACUGUCGUUUAUAUGCAGUUCAACAGCAAUGUUCGUGAGACUAGAAGGAGGAGAUGCACAUGAGGGACGGGUGGAAGUGUCGCAGGAUGGUGUCACGUGGGGCACAGUAUGCAAUGACGGUUGGUCGGACUAUAAUGCUCACGUAGUCUGCCGUGAGAUGGGAUACAAGUGGGGAGCGGCUAGGAGGGCGAGAUACCUGUACGGUAUCGGUACUGGUUCAAUUUUCCUCGAUGACGUCAAAUGUAAUGGACAGGAAACGGCGCUGGAUAGAUGUCCACAUGCGCAGUGGGGUAAACACAAUUGUGUUCACACAGAGGACGCGGCAGUCACGUGCCAUAACAACAUCGUCCGACUUGACAAUGGAGGACCGAAUCACGGGAUAGUGUAUGUGCUGGACGACAACAAGAUCUGGGGUGUCCAAUGUGGGGAUGGCUUCGAUCGCAAUGCCGCCGUCGUCGUUUGUAGAGAACUCGGGUUCCAGUACGGCCAAGACCUGCCGAUAGGAACCUACGGCAAAGUUGAUGACGUACACACAAAGUAUAUACAAGGAGACAUUUUGUGCUCGGGUUCAGAGGUCACUAUUAGACAGUGCACGUCCUCCAACACGUGCAACCAAUACCCAUAUAACUACGGGGCUGUCGUGUGUUCUAAUACUCCCAUUACAGGAGGCAACGAAGUUAGACUUUUAGGCGACCAAAACACUGGUUUGGUUAUGACCAACACAGCGGGAAUCUGGGGAAAUGUGUGCGGCUCCACCUGGGAUGAUCAAGAUGCUAGUGUUGUUUGUAGACAGCUUGGAUAUGCAGGUGGUGUAGCAUACGCGUUUGCGAGUAAUUCCAGCAUGGGACCAUUUGUACUGGGGUCUGUGAACUGUUUGGGAAAUGAGAGACAACUCAAUGAUUGUAAUCGUCUGGAACAGGCUUGUAUUUACUCCGACAAAAACGUCAAAGUCGCCGGGGUACUCUGUCACCAACGUCAAGCUCCAGUACUCCGACUGAUAGAGGAAAGUCCACGCGUCGGCCGACUAGAGAUAGAGAUGGACGGACUAAGGGGAGGCGUGUGUGACACCGAGUGGGACGUUAUAGACGCGAGGGUGGCUUGUCAACAGCUGGGAUAUGCGGACGGUGACAACAUGCGAGGAUUGGAGGCGCCUUACAACACAACGUUUAUGACAAACGUACAGUGCGCCAAGGGAGAAAAAAGUAUUUUCGAGUGUAAAAAUGAUGGAUGGGCCAACGAUGGAAAUAUUCCCGCUUGUGCCGGUGGAAAAAGCUUUGCUGGAGUAGAAUGCUAUGAACACGCGUUCCUUGCCUCGACGCAGUCUAGUGAUACUGGAACAACUGGAAGUGCAUUAGUCUUCCAUAAGGAAAGAUGGUACCACGUCUGUGACCAGGAAUUCGGACCUAAAGACGCCGAGAUGGUGUGUAAGGAGCUGGGAUUCCCCAUUGGUGUUCCACUUAUCAGUGAACCACUGACGGUCGACAAUAAGUUCAGAAUAUUCUUCCUACAAAUGAAUUGUUCAGAAAAUGCCACCAGUCUGAGCAAUUGCCAAUUUACCGAGACAUCAAACUGUAGAUCGAGUGUAGCUCCAUACUUCCCAGCUGCUUACGCAUCUGUGCUAUGCCUUCAAGCAAACGCCAGACCAGAUGUACAAGUUCAUCCCCCGACCACUUUUCCCUCUAGUCCGGUCAUGCAGAUGUAUGGCAUAAAUGGAACAUUGUGUGCUAAGGGCUGGGAUUACAGGGAUGCUCGUGUGUACUGUCGUCAGUUCGGAUACCGAAUGGGUUUUGGAAUACCAACGUCCACCACACAGGGAGCAAACCUAAACAAUCCUGUCGUGUGGAUGACAGACGCUGGAUGUACAGGUUGGGAAAUCGACUUCCGUCAAUGUAUUCGUGCUUCCGUUCUAGAUAAGACAAAGGCCAGUGGCGCAUGCGCUGGGGGUAUGGCUUCGGUCUAUUGUAUUUAAAGAGUUAUAAUGAAUAAAUUAAAAGUGCAACAUUGAAA